AUGGCUAUAAUAGCACAUCCAAAUCGUGUAAGUGAUGUACGUGCAAGUUAUGAUGGACAAUAUUUAUUUACAAGUAGUGGACUUAAUAAUGUUGUACACAUGCUACGUGUUAAUCCACAAGUAUUUACAAGCACAAGCACAAUUAAUCAAGAUAUAAAUCGUUUUGAUCGUCGAGAAGUAACACAAAAAAUUCUAUUAAGUGAAAUUCCAUUUGUCAUGAGAGCAUUAGUAUAUAUAAAUCAUCUACCAGCAUUUGGUCUUAAUCCAGCUGAUCUUAAUCAAGCAUUUAAUGGUCUUUCUGAUCAAUUAAAUCCUGAUAAUAAUCAACCACAAAUAACUCGUGAAAAUCUUUUAUUUCUUUUACAACAAUAUGGUGAACAUAUGAAUGAUUAUGAAAUGGCGGAUUGUUUAGGUAAUUUACUUCAUUUACAUAAUGAAUCAACUGAAAUGUUUGAUACAAUGAAUGUUGAAGAUGCUUGUCAAUUUAUUGGUAAUCCAUUCCCUGAAUAA